AUGAACAAACAUAUAUUUGACAAAGAUGGAAACAAUGUUUUGUAUGAUAGAUAUUACACAUGUCCAGAUCCAGAAAGAUUCUGCAGAACAAUGAAAUUAUCAUCAAUGAAUUUUAAUAAAGAUCCAUUAGAUCCAAACACAAAAGUUCUUGAAGGUGAACCACAACAAAAACCAGAAUGGAGUUUUGAUUAUUCAGAUCUUGAAACUGAAAGAGUUCCAGCUGAAUCCAAUCAUUCAGAAUUAUAA